GUACUCUUGAACAUCUCCAUCGAUUGCCCGCUGAGUUGCUGUAACGAUUACCACCAUCACCAGCACACCUUUGUAGAGUUGGACCUCCAAAUUAAAUAUGUCUCGCUUAUUUUUUAUCGGCGGGAACUUCAAGAUGAAUCCCGCCACCCGAGCGGAGAAUGUCAAGCUUGUCGAGACGCUUGCUAGCGCCGACCUCGAUCCCAACGUCGAGAUCGUUAUCGCCCCACCCGCGUUGUACAUUCUGCCAGCGGCUGAGCUUCUCCAGAGCAAAGGAUCUUCUGUAAAGGUCGCUGCUCAAAACUGUUACGUUAAAAGCUCUGGCGCGUUUACAGGCGAGAUUAGUCCUGCACAACUCGCAGACGCAGGGAUCCCAUAUGUCAUUCUCGGACACUCCGAGCGUCGCACCCUCUUCCAUGAAUCUUCCGCAUUCGUCGCACAAAAGACGAAAGCAGCUAUUGAUGCCGGACUUAGCGUUAUCCUUUGCAUCGGAGAAACUCUCAAUGAACGUGAGGCUGGGACGACUAUCACCGUUGUAGAAGAACAGCUCGCCACAGUAACAGCUUUGCUUAAGCCUGAAGAGUGGAGCAAGAUCGUGAUUGCAUACGAACCUGUCUGGGCAAUCGGUACCGGGAAAGUUGCCACACCCGCCCAAGCACAAGAAGUCCACGCUGCGAUUCGCAACUACCUCUCUAAGGCUGUAUCGCCCUCCAUUGCUGAGAGCACGCGCAUUAUCUAUGGUGGAAGCGUCUCGGACAAGUCUGCACCUGAGCUCGGAUCGCAACCUGACAUCGACGGUUUCCUAGUAGGCGGUGCCUCACUCAAACCCGAAUUCAUCACUAUAGUCAAUGUCCAAAGGACGCCUUGAUUCAUUGCCUUUAUGAGACUACAUUCCUGCUGGAUGUGGCGCUCACAAAGUAUAUCAAUACAUAGUCAAGUAACACUUACGGUUUCUCUGAUGAAUUUGCGUGCAC